AUGCGAGAAGGAGAUUUUUCCACAGGAAAUCUGCCGCCUUGUCCCCGAGACGCGCGAGGUCGGCAGCGCCAACAGUCGACGUCUCGGCCUCUGCCAUUCUCGUCCCUCCCCAGGGUUGGCCAACCCCGGCGUACUGCAGAGGACGAGGGGCCCUCGCAGGUGCGCGCGUCGGCUCCCGGACGACCUCGACGCUGGGGACUCUGUCCACUCCUCGCGAUCCAAAGCCGGCCCGAGCGCCCAGUCCCAGGGUCCUCGCCUCGGGUGCCGAGUGGGAGGCAGAGUGCCCGCCUCCGCAACUCCGCGCGCCGGCGCUAUGGAGACGGUCACGAGACGCCGGCGGCUCCUGCGCCCGCCAAUGGGAGCGCACGUCGCGGGGAGACGCGGACGUCGCUCUUCCAAGAUGGCGGCGCGUCCGUCGCGAGCAGCCGGGCCGGGGGGAAGCCUGCGAAGCCGAGUAAAGCCGCCGCCCGGGAGAGGACUGAAGGAGCAGUUGCCGCCGUUGGCGGCGGCCCGGGCAGUUUUCGCUGCUGCUGCGGCUGUUGCCAUGCGGCGAGGAUAGGGAGGACCUCAUUGCCCCGGGGUGUAAUAAUGUUAACAGAGGCCAGUCUAUCCAUAUGGGGAUGGGGAAGCCUUGGCAUUGCCCUUUUUCUAAUAACCUUUGGACCCUUUGUAAUAUUUUAUUUGGCAUUUUAUAUCCUCUGCUUUGUGGGUGGGGGUUUAGUGGUUACUCUCCUGUUUGGCAAAACAAACUCAGAGAAGUACUUAGAGCAGUGUGAACACUCAUUUCUUCCUCCAGCAUCAACUGGGGUUCCUAAGUGCUUAGAAGAAAUGAAACGGGAAGCCAGAACUAUUAAGAUCGAUAGAAGGUUGACAGGUGCCAAUAUAAUUGAUGAACCUCUCCAGCAAGUUAUCCAGUUUUCCUUGAGGGAUUAUGUGCAGUAUUGGUAUUAUACACUAAGUGAUGAUGAAUCUUUUCUUCUUGAAAUUAGGCAGACUCUUCAAAAUGCACUCAUUCAGUUUGCUACUAGGUCAAAAGAAAUAGACUGGCAACCUUAUUUUACUACACGCAUCGUAGAUGAUUUUGGCACACACUUACGAGUAUUCAGAAAGGCUCAGCAGAGAGUAACAGAGAAAGAUGAUCAAGUAAAAGGUACAGCAGAAGAUCUUGUUGAUACCUUCUUUGAAGUUGAAGUUGAAAUGGAGAAGGAAGUUUGCCGUGAUCUAGUGUGCACUUCUCCCAAAGAUGAAGAAGGGUUCCUAAGGGAUUUGUGUGAAGUCUUAUUAUAUUUAUUGCUACCUCCUGGAGAUUUCCAGAACAAGAUCAUGCGAUACUUUGUCAGGGAAAUCCUUGCACGAGGAAUUCUUCUUCCUUUAAUAAAUCAACUCAGUGAUCCUGAUUAUAUUAAUCAAUAUGUCCUAUGGCUGGAGGGAUUCCUGAGGUACUGGUUUCUGUCUUACUUGAAUCAGAGCACUACUGAUGAAAUUGGCAUACCUUGGGUGCCUGGAGCUGUAAAGGACAAAGGAGAGCCCUGUGGCUUGUUACAUGUCAGAGAAAUUCGAGUACUACAGGCAGACAUCAAAGGGAGCAAGAGAGCAUACAUUCCUGAAAAACUUUCUGUCAUGCCUUGCUGCUGUGAUUCAGUGUUGGCUAUUAGAAGUAUCAAUGUAGCUACCCGAAUGCAGUGCUGCUUCCGUAUUUCUUCUGCCAGAUACCCUGCUUCAUAA